UCACCAGCAGAGGGCGCAAGCGGCAAACCCAGGAAAAGUCCGGCCGAGAACUUAGAAAAUCUUUUUCCUCUGACACAUUCUUGGCACAGUUGAUGGUGUUUCUGAUCAGUUUCAUAAGCUCCGUGUUCUGUGGCCACCUGGGGAAGCUGGAGCUGGACGCGGUCACCCUCGGGAUCGCGGUUAUCAAUGUCGCUGGUGUCUCCGUGGGCUUUGGCUUAUCUUCUGCUUGUGACACCCUCAUGUCCCAGACAUACGGGAGCCAGAACCUGAAGCAUGUGGGGGUCAUCUUGCAAAGGGGGAUCCUGGUGCUUCUUCUCUGCUGCUUCCCCUGCUGGGCCCUCUUCCUCAACACCGAGCAAAUCCUGCUGCUCUUCCGGCAGGACCCGGCUGUGUCCAGGCUUACCCAGGACUACGUCAUGACCUUCAUUCCAGCUCUUCCUGCAACCUUUCUUUAUAUGUUACAAGUGAAAUAUUUACUCAACCAGGGAAUCGUACUACCCCAGGUCCUAACCGGAGUAGCAGCCAACCUUGUCAAUGCCCUCCUCAACUAUCUUUUUCUUUAUCAGCUGCAUUUUGGGGUGAUGGGAUCGGCACUGGCAAAUACCAUUUCCCAGUUCACCCUGGCACUCCUCCUUUUCUUCUACAUCCUUGGGAGGAACCUGCAUCAAGCUACCUGGGGAGGGUGGUCCCGUGAGUGUCUGGAGGACUGGGCCUCCUUUUUCAGCCUGGCCAUCCCCGGGAUGCUCAUGCUGUGCAUGGAGUGGUGGGCCUAUGAGAUCGGGAGCUUACUGAGCGGUAUCCUCGGCAUGGUGGAGCUGGGAGCCCAGUCUGUCCUGUACGAACUGACCGUCAUUUUGUACAUGAUACCUUCAGGCUUCAGUGUGGCUGCCAGCGUCCGGGUGGGGAACGCGCUGGGCGCGGGAAACAUCCAGCAGGCCAAGAAGUCGUCAGCUGUCGCCCUGCUGGUCACAGGACUCUUUGCUGUAACCUUCUGUGUCCUGAUGUUAAGCUGUAAGGAUCUCGUGGGGUAUAUUUUCACUACCGAACGAGAAAUCAUUGCUCUAGUGGCUAAGGUGAUUCCGAUCUCUGCUGUUUCCCAUCUGUUUGAAGCUCUGGCUUGCACAGGUGGAGGCAUUCUUCGGGGGAGCGGUAACCAGAAGGCUGGGGCCAUUGUCAACACCAUUGGGUAUUAUGUGAUUGGUCUUCCCAUCGGGAUUUCGCUGAUGUUUGCAGCCAGAAUGGGAGUGGUUGGUCUGUGGCUGGGGAUCAUCAUUUGUUCCAUCACACAAUCUCUGUGUUUUCUCGGCUUUAUUGCUUGGCUAAAUUGGAAAAAAGCUUGUGAAGAGGCUCAGAUCCAUGCCAAUCUGAGACUAAACAUGGUCCAGGAUGAGCCUGCAGCUGCCUGCCAGGACCCAGGGGGACCCGGGAGCCAUAGAGGAAUUUCAGUGAGAGCUGUAAGGAGAAAACACGAGACCCGAUUGGACCAGCACGGGCGCCAAGAAGAUGUUCAGGCCCAGCCAAGGGACACGACUCACCUGACUGGGAAACAUUUGGUGCUGUGGCGGGGGCUUCUGCUCCUGGGGGGCAUUUUGGUCUUGAUCGUAGGGAUUUUAGUGAGAGUGUAUGUCAGAGUUGAGUGAUAGGCAAAAGAGAGAGAGAGUCAGGACAAGUGAUAUUUCUGAGCU